AGCGCGCCGUCCCCCUUCCACCCCCGUCGCGAGCCGGUAGCGGAGAGCCUAGGUGUAGUUGGGCCUGGCGGAACCAUGUGUCAAGUGGGCGAGGACUACGGGGGGCCCGGACCGGCCGAACUCCAGCCGAAGCUGUCCUGGCGCGGCUGUGAGCAGAAAUGCAUGAAGUGCAAGGAAGGUUUGCCUGUCUUGAUCAUCCGUGCUGGAGAUGCUUUCUGCAAAGAAUGUUUCAAGGCAUAUUAUAUUCAUAAGUUCCGAGCAAUGCUAGGAAAGAAUCGACUCAUCUUCCCAGGAGAAAAGGUCCUUCUUGCAUGGUCUGGUGGUCCCUCAUCCAGCUCAAUGAUCUGGCAAGUUCAAGAGGGUUUGAGCCGAGAGUCUGCAAAAAGGCUGCGCUUUGUGCCGGGCGUUAUCUAUGUUGACGAGGGAGCAGUUUGUGGGCAGAGCCCGGAGGAGAGAGCAAAGACCAUGGCAGAGAUGAAGUUGAUCCUGCAGACAGUCGGCUUCCCCUAUCACAUCGUCUCCUUAGAAGAGGUUUUUAACUUACCCGCGUCAGUCCUGCAGCCCGUUUCCCAGGGCCCCCAAGGGCCGGAGAAUACCUACAAGGAAGCCGUGGAUGGCUUUAUCCAGCAGCAGCAGAGAUUGCCAGAGGAAGGGGGCCGGGAAGCCACCCUGAGUGACGAGCUGAGACGGCUAAGCACCCGGGACCCCGUGGGGCCAGAGGAGGUUGCCGGCGACAGCCUCCCCAGACCAGCCCAGAGCACGGCUUUAAUGACUCUCUUCAGCUCCGUAAAGACUCUGACUGCCAAAGAGGAGCUCCUGCAGACCCUCCGGGCCCACCUGAUCCUGCACACGGCUCGGCUGCACGGCUACUCCAAGGUGAUGCUGGGGGACAGCUGUACCCGCCUGGCCAUCAAACUCAUGACCAAUUUGGCGCUGGGGAGAGGGGCUUUCCUCGCCUGGGACACAGGCUUCUCAGACGACCGGCACGGGGACGUGGUCCUGCUCCGGCCCAUGCGAGACUACACCUUGAAGGAGAUUGCCUUUUACAACCGGAUGUUUGGCGUGCCCUCGGUCUUCACCCCAGCCAUUGACACCAAGGCCCCAGAAAAGGCAAGUAUCCACCGGCUGAUGGAGAGCUUCAUCCUCCGAUUGCAGGCCCAGUUCCCUUCCACCAUCAGCACUGUGUACAGGACCAGUGAGAAGCUGGUGAAGGCUCCCCGGAACGGGGGUGCCGCCGGCCCCAUGCCCGCCCGGUGCCUCCUCUGCAUGUGCACUCUGGACAUCGACAGCGCAGACAGUGCCACCGCAUUUGGAGCCCAGACUCUGGAGCAUCUCUCCCAGAAACCCACCCCCGCCCCGCCCCCAGGGGCUCCUGGAAGGCCUUGCUGCGCUCGGGGGACUGAGCCCCCGCGGGCUUGUUGCCGGGGCCCACAGCCAGCGUCCGAGAGGGAGGAACCCAGAGCCAGCUUCAUCGAGCAGCUGUGCUACAGCUGCCGGGUGAACAUGAAGGACGUGCCCUUCCUGGAGCCCCUUCCUCCCUACAUCCUGACGGAGGCCCAGUGCCGGAGGCAGAGGGCCUGGGUAAAGCAGGAGAUCCAGGAAUUCUUGUUUGAGGAGAGCGAAGGGGAAGAACCAGAUGGGAACUGAAAGGACCCAGUGGGCUGGAGGCCAGGACUCCACUUUGGAACUCUGGGAGAGCUGGGAGGCCGGAGGCUACCCCUGGGCUCGCUACCCCUGGGCCCACCAUCCCCAGGCCCCGCCAUCCCCGGGCCCGCCAUCCCCGGGCCCCGCCAUCCCCGGGCCCGCCAUCCCCGGGCCCGCCAUCCCCGGGCCCCGCCAUCCCCGGGCCCCGCCAUCCAGGGCUCUCCAUCCCCGGGCUCACCUGGGGCUCUCCAUCCCCAAGCCCCGCCAUCCCCGGGCCCGCCAUCCUGGGCCUGCCAUCCCAGGGCCUGAUGCCUUAGGGACCCUUCCUGGUCUCAGCUCCGUUGGGACUGGCCUCCCCCCUCCACAGGAGGCCGUGCCCCCGAGGGCCCCCUGAUGCUUCUGACGAGGGCUCCUGGGCCCGGCUGCUGGGGGAGUGGGCGUCCACCCUGACCCACGCCCCCAUCCCAGCAGCUCAGGGUGCAUCAGCUAAGAGACGAAGGAAACGAGCCAGGAGAUGAGGCCACAACUCGCCGUUUAAUUGUCCGUCUGUAUAAAUAAAUUGUUUUUAAUUAGAAAA